AUGUGCCGUUGUCCGUGUCCGGCGUGGGUGCUCCAGGAGCAGCGCAGGGUUGCAGAUCUUGCGAGCACGGUCAGGAUCCCGACGACAGCCCCUCGAAUUCGAGAUCGAUUCGUUGAGCGCGGGGAAGUGAUAUCGCAAGUGUGUUCCUUGCUCGGCAUUGAAGACCACACGACUGCCUACCCCGCAGAAAUGAAGGUGGUUGGGCUGGCUGGGGCGGGCGGCUCGGGUAAAUCCACGGUCGCCUCGAUGGUAAUCCGUCGGGAAGAUGUGCGGGCAUUUUUCCCGGGCGGUGUGUUGUGGCUAUCAGUAGGGCAACGUGCAGGAAGAGAUCGCCUACUUGAACUCUUGACCAGCCUAGCUGGUAUGGUUUACGAGACGGUUUUCCAGAAAAGGUGUAGGCCGCUUCGAAAAGGUGUAAUCGGAACCGACGACGAGGACCCGGCGGCCUACAUUCAAUGUCUCCAAGUUGAAAGGCCCAGAAGGUUUUUGGUGGUGGCGGAUGACGUUUGGCAAACGGAGGUGCUCGAUGAGCUGCGGAGGGCCAGCGUGUGGGGAGUGCUUUACACCAGCCGCAAUACUGACCUGCUUCCAAGAGCACCAGUGGUGCUACUAGACCAGCUUGACAGGGAGGAAGCGGAGAUGGUGCUGCGGAACGCGGCUGAAUUAGCCAAGGACGCGUGUCUCCCGGAAGCCGCGUACGACUUGAUGAGGAGGUGCGAGUAUGCUGCGCUGGACUUAGAUUUCGUGGGGAGGUGGAGCAGGACUCGUCGAAGAACCAGCGAGUUGGCCUGGCGUGGGGCGUUGGAUUGCAUAGUGGACGCUCAAACAAGAGGCGAAGGGAGGUUGCCCCUAUCUUGGCGUGCGGCCGUUCUGCAUACCGGAUUGGAGGAACUAGCUGGAGAAAACUCUGCGAAUAGAGAGCUCUAUCUUGCCCUCGCGGUCAUACCACGGGGGCAGCCUUUUCCUCCGGAUGUCGCGGCGGUGUUGUUGUACGGUGAUGGCCGUUCUGGAGAAGAGAAGGAAGAUCGGGAGGAGGCCAAGAACAUCUUCGAGACCCUCGAGCGCUGGUCAAUUAUCACGCGAGUAGGCGGCGGUUGGUACCGUGUCCACGAUGAACACACCGACUUUAUUCGGGCAAGUUUUGCAGCAAACCAGCAUGCACGGAAUACGACGCUGAUCCGAUGGCGAAGGUACAUGUCAAGCGUUUCGGCCCUUGUCACCUUGUCGGAAGAUUGGCUGUCCGAAGGCUGGAAUGUGCUUGCGGAAGCACAAGGCGAACCAGUACCUUCGCAGCCGUAUCUCGAGGCUUUGGGUGGAUUGGCUCCCUCGAGUGCUGACCGUCCAAUGGCUCUGAGAACAGCUGCGUCGUUCUACAGGGACCGAGAGCAAUGGAUGCCAGCCUCCGACUACUUUUCCCAACUGCUAAUAAUCCAAGAGCAUACUGCUGGCGUCGACUCCGUGGUCGUGGCGCGCACCCUUCACGAGCUGGGAUUGUGUGUGUACAUGUCCGGCAGAGCGGAGGAAGCCGAAUUGCGCUUGAAACGAGCACUCAGGAUUCAAGAGGAGAAGCAGGGCUUCCGUCACCCGGACUUGUCAAACACUAUUGUCAGCCUCGGGGUUUGUUUGAUCAAGAUGGGGAAGCUGACGGAGGCCAAGGAGUGCUUGACGAGAGCAGAAGGGCACCCGCACCUGGCAAAGUCCCUUGGAGAAUUCCGCAAUUUGGUUUGCCACGCGGAAGAGGAGGCGCGCAGGAACAGGACCAAAUACGACAGAUAUGUCCCAUAUUCACAGGCGAGCCGACUGAACCGCCCUAGAGUGGGGGUGUGGGCCGCCGAGGCCACCAAGAAAACUGCCCUCGCCGCCAAGGAAGCUGACCUGACCGUCAAGCAAUCUGAGCUGGCCGCCACGAAAGCUGCCCUGGCCGCCAAGGAAACGGACCUGACCACCAAGCAAACUGAGCUGGCCGCCAAGCAAACUGACCUGGCCGUUAAGGAAACUGAGCUGGCCGCCAAGGAAUUUGGGCUGGCCGCCAAGGAAACUGACUUGGCCGCCAAGGAAACUGACUUGGCCGCAAAGGAAACUGCAGUGGCCGCAAAGGAAACCGAGCUGGACGUCAAGGGAGUCGACCUGGCGGCCAAGGAAACUUACUUGGCCGACAAGGAAACUGUGCUGGCCGCCAAGGAAACUGACUUGGCCGCAAAGGAAACUGCAGUGGCGGCAAGGGAAACUGAGCUGGACGUCAAGGGAGUCGACCUGGCGGCCAAGGAAACUUACUUGGCCGACAAGGAAACUGUGCUGGCCGCCAAGGAAACUGACUUGGCCGCAAAGGAAACUGCAGUGGCGGCAAGGGAAACUGAGCUGGACGUCAAGGGAGUCGACCUGGCGGCCAAGGAAACUUACUUGGCCGACAAGGAAACUGUGCUGGCCGCCAAGGAAACUGACUUGGCCGCAAAGGAAACUGCAGUGGCGGCAAGGGAAACUGAGCUGGACGUCAAGGGAGUCGACCUGGCGGCCAAGGAAACUUACUUGGCCGACAAGGAAACUGGGCUGGCCGCCAAGGAAACUGAGCUGACCGCCAGGGAAAUUAUUCUGGCCGACCAGGAACAGCCGCGCAAUGUAUUCGACGCGCCGCGCAACACCGACGAGGCAGCCGUGAUGGAGGAUGCCCUGGUCCAUUAUGCUAUGGCCGAGUCCAUACGAGGUCGUGCUGCCACUGAUGCGGCUGUUCCUCCGCCCUCUUCUGCUGCCGUCGAGCGCGGUAGGGCUAGGGGUCCGAGGGGUGCCGCUACCGGCGAAAGUGCGGCAGCGAAUCCGUCGGCGGUUGUUGCUUCCGCGAGGCAAGAAUCACGGCAGCAACACCUCGACGGUGGAGCAGCAGAGGCCGUAGCUCCUGGAACGACGGAGGCUUGGGAUGCGGAUGAGGAUCUUAGACUAGCGAUCCAGGCCUCCCUUGGUCAUCAUGGAGAUGGCGGGGGAGGGCGAAGACGAACCUAGACUGGCAAUCGAGGCCUCCGAUUGUCGAAUCAUAGUUACCAACCAGACAUUGAACGCUCUGCUGGUCAGAUUUGUUUUUCGUCGUCGCUGUUGCCACGAUUCUCUUCGCAGCUGACGUAGAAUCGGCUAUCGAUAACCUGAUCACGAGAUGAGAUGUGAGUUGGCUUUCAUCCGUUUGCCAGCCACGCACUGCUAUGAAACUUCAUUAUUCGCCUUUUCUUUGUUGAAAGAGGAGCCGGGUGGGUACUUCAUGCUCGUAUUUUGAGCCUCCGCCCUCCUUACUAUUACGUGUGUCGCGCUCUGUGUAUCUUUUCCCUGUUUCCCUGUCAAUCGCUCGAAGGGGCCGUGCACUUGCUCUCGUUGCUGUCCGUCUCGUGGGGAUGAACCCGAACCUGCUUGUGAUGUUUGGUUUCAAAGGAGAACACAAGUAUAUCUGUCGCGAAAAACGUGUAGCCUUGAUGCAACGUCGGCACAUGACACCUUCUACAAGGAUGCAAGGCAAUGGAUCCUUAGGGGCCUUGCAGGCACCUUGCACCAGGUCAAAAUGCCCACAACCCUCAAAUUUUGGAACCUUGGAUGAUGUGUGCUUCGUCUCGGGCAACGGACCUUGUGCAGGGGGACCCGUGGCUGUAAAAACGUCUUGUAGGCAGAAAGUUAAAGUGGAUUGUCUGUAUCCGCAGUGCGAAUUUGUGAAGCCAUGGCUCGAGCCAGUUCUCCCAGAAAGCACCUGG